AUGCAGAUCACCGCCCUUUUCACCACUCUCCUCCUUGCCACCGGCGCCGUCGCCGCUCCCGCCCUCUCCAUCGUCUCCCGCAAGACCGAGUCCUGCAUGGCCAGGGGCGCCAAGGUCAGCAGCUGGAACAUCCACGACUUCACUUACGAGGCCUCGCACACCUACACCAGCCCCAAGAAGUCCGUCUACUCGUCCAAGGCCAGCUUCACCCUCGAGAACUCGGCCCUCUCCUACAAGGCCACGUGCAAGGGCACCAGUCAGUCCAAGGACUUCCUCAACGGCAGCGUGUCCUACAACUGCAAGUCCGAGACCGGUGACUCGGCCAGCUUCACCUUCGAUCACAAGACCGGCUUCCUGGCCAUCGACCAGUCCUGGUCUUGCGCCGCCGAGGGCGGUCGCUUCGAGGCCAAGGGCUCCAAGACUCUCAAGCUCGCUUGCAAGGACUCGACCUACAAGAACCCCAACUACACCGAGGGCAAGAGCGGCCUCUACUCUCACCGUCUCACCAGCUGCGAGCCCAUCACUACCAAGGUUCCCAUCACUGAGAUCAGCGCUGUUCUGUGA